CGAGUCUCACCGAGUGGAGUCGAGUGAAACAGGUAUCAGCUGACCGCCUCUUCGUCGGCUGUCGUCCGUCUUUAGCCAUUUUGUCUUACUGGAUCAAAGAAAAGAAGCCUACAGACCGCGGAAACAAUGCCGUCGUUGCUGUUCUGCGGGCCAAAGAUGGCCGCAUGCGGCAUUGUGAUCAGCAUCUGGGGGGUCAUUAUGCUGGCCAUGUUGGGAAUUUUCUUCAGCGCCAAGUCAGCUGUGCUCAUCGAGGACGUCCCAUUUACUGAAGAGGACAUUCGCAAUGACAAAAACCCUCCUCAGAACAUCUACAGUUUGUACAGCCAAGUGGGCAUCAACUGCUUCAUUGCCGCGGCUGUCUAUGUGGCUGUAGGCGCCGUCUCGCUGUGCCAGGUCCGCCUCAACAAACGCCAGGAGUACAUGGUCACAUAAUUAACCUGUCCCCUCUCCCGGAACGACAAGCUGAUUGGGUGAAGGCAGCCAGGGAAGGACGUGUCACAUUAUUUAUUUUUUGUGUAAAUGUUUGAUGUCAUCAUUCCUCAACCUUGUGAUGAAAUGUUCCAUUUAAAAACAUGACAGGAAGUGUGGAUGUCAAAAUAAGUUGUGCAUUGAAGUGUUGGUGUGCAAAUAAAGACGUGAGAGAAAGAGAA